AAAAUAUUUUAAAUUAAAUCCUUUCAAAAUGUUCAAAUUCGUUGUUGUCUUUGCUGCCUGUUUUGCUUAUGCUGCUGCCGGUGUUGUUCAUCCCACUGCUUUUGCUGCUGCUCCCGCCGCUGUAGCUGCUUAUGCUAAUGCUCCUUUGUAUGCUGCUGGUGGCAGUCAACAAAUUGAUGUCCGUCACAACUACGAUGGCACUUUGUCUUCUUACACUACCACCCCCUUCGGUUACACUUCUCCAGUGUCUAGCCGUUAUGUAGCUGGUGCUCCUGCUGCCUAUGCCGCCCCUGCUUUUGCCGCUCCCGCCGCUUAUGCUGCUGCCCCAGCUGCCUUUGCUGCUCCUGCUAAAUAUGUAGCUCCCGCUGCUUAUGCUGCAGCUCCAGCUGCUUUUGCUGCACCAACUGCUUUCGCCGCUCAUGCUAAAUUUGUUGCUCCAGCUGGUGUUGCUACUCCCUUCGGUGUAGCUUCUCCUUAUGCUGCUCACUAUGCCACUCCUUAUACUGCUGGUUUCGCUGCCGCCCCUUUGGCUGCUGCCCCCGCUAAAGUUGUAGUUUAAAUUUAAUCUCAAAGACUUCAUUGUU